AUGGUUUCUGCCAAGAAGGAGAUGGUAACUGCGAUGUACCCCAGUUACAUUUCGACUCUCUUCUACUUUUUCUGCUUGAUUGCUUGUGUAAAGAGAAUCUCUGGAACGAUAAAAAAGGAUGACAGAAUAUAUCCCGAGAAUUUCACACGCAUUUUAGACAGACUCCUGGACGGGUAUGACAACAGACUGCGACCUGGAUUUGGGGGUCCGGUGACAGAGGUGAAAACAGACAUUUAUGUGACAAGUUUCGGCCCUGUCUCUGAUGUUGAAAUGGAGUACACCAUGGACGUGUUCUUCAGACAGACAUGGGUCGACAGGAGGCUGAGGUAUGAGGGUCCUAUUGAGAUCCUCCGACUCAACAACAUGAUGGUCGCCAAUGUGUGGACUCCUGACACCUUCUUCAGGAAUGGCAAGAAGUCUGUGGCACACAACAUGACUGCCCCCAACAGGUUGUUCCGCAUCAUGAAGAACGGCACGAUUCUUUACACCAUGAGGUUGACUAUCAGUGCAGAGUGUCCCAUGAAGCUUGUGGACUUCCCCAUGGAUGGACAUGCAUGCCCUCUCAAGUUUGGAAGCUAUGCAUACCCUAAAACAGAGAUGAUUUAUACCUGGACCAAAGGACCACAGUAUUCAGUGGAGGUUCCCCCAGAAUCAUCCAGCCUCGUGCAGUAUGAUCUCAUUGGCCACACUGUCAGCAGUGAGGAGGUCAAGUCAAUCACAGGUGAAUACGUGGUGAUGACAGUGCACUUCCACUUGAAGCGGAAAAUGGGCUACUUCAUGAUUCAGACGUAUAUCCCCUGCAUCAUGACAGUAAUUCUCUCCCAAGUGUCCUUCUGGAUAAAUAAAGAAUCGGUCCCGGCUCGAACAGUCUUCGGCAUCACCACGGUCCUGACCAUGACCACGUUAAGCAUCAGCGCGCGCCACUCCCUCCCCAAAGUCUCCUACGCCACCGCCAUGGACUGGUUCAUUGCCGUGUGCUUCGCCUUCGUCUUCUCCGCUCUCAUAGAGUUCGCUGCCGUCAACUACUUCACCAAUGCAGAGAUGGAGAGACUGAAAAGGAAGCCGCCAAAAUGCCCGCCGGCACCCCAAACAACCCCAGUGAAAGUGAAGGAUAUGGAGGAAGUUCUGCAGCAUAACCCUGACACCAAUGGUAACCUGCGGAAACGGAUGAACUAUAUGUCCCAGCAAGAUGGCCAGAAAGCCGAGUCAAACAGCACAGCAGCGGCAAGAGGGGUAACCAGGAAACAACCCCAGUCUGGCCAAUCAUCUUCAUCUAAGGGGGCACCUGGCGGCGCCAUCAUCCUACCACACUCCAGCCCCGGCCCCGCCAGCCAACCCAACACGUCCUCCUUGACCCUGUCUGCCAUGAACACGCCCCUGGCUCCACCCACAACUGAAAAAGCAAUGACAAUACCAGCCAACCAGAGCCAGCCCACCGCUGACUCCUCGCUCCGGGACCUUCUAGGACCCAGACUGGAGCACAUUCAGCUGAUGGGCAUAAAUGAGCCCAAGCAGUCGCCAUGCUCCCAGCCGACCACCGCCUGUAUGGGUGGGACCAGUAAAAUCGACAAGUAUGCCCGCAUCCUGUUCCCGGUGUCCUUUGGCGCAUUCAACAUGGUGUACUGGGUGGUUUACUUGUCAAAAGAUACCAUGGAGGCCAAAUUUAGAGGCCAAAUCUAGUUUCUAGCUCCUCUCGGGGUCAUUUUGGGAAUCCUUUUCUACAAAAUGUAAAAUGACAGGAGAAAAAGAGCUUCGGAGACAUGGGAGAUUAAAUCA